UAUGGAAAUGGUAUGAGCUGUCAAUCUCGAUAAAAAUUCAUGAAUUUUCAUUUGACACAAUAAAUGUUUUACGAUUGUUUACACCCCUGAUGUGUCGAUAAACAAAGGAUAAAUGUCGGCCUAUUUCUUUAGCCUUAUCGUGGUUCCUUUUGAAAUAUGCAUGCCCAGGCUUUAUUACUUAGUGAAAUCGCACCUGGUUCUUUAAGAACUGUGUUUCAUCCGAGCACAGUACCGAGUCGACAUGGAAAAUCGCAUGGGCAUGACAGUCACAUCCGGAAAUGUUGUAAUACACAAAGAUGGUAGCAACCUCAUUGGUAUCAGUAUCGGAGGAGGUGCACCCUUAUGUCCCUGCUUGUAUAUAGUUCAAGUAUUCGAUAACACCCCAGCAUCGAAAGAAGGCACUCUACAAUCAGGAGACGAACUGGUAGCCGUCAAUGGAGCAUCCGUUAAAGGCAAGACUAAGACGGAGGUGGCAAAAAUGAUUCAAGCUUGUGGCAAUCGCGUCAGCAUUAAUUACAAUAAACUACAUGCUGAUCCCAAACAAGGACGUACACUGGACAUAGCGCUUAAAAAGAUGAAACAUAGGCUAGUAGAGGGAAUGGGCAAUGCAACCGCAGAUGCUCUUGGACUAUCACGUGCAAUUUUGUGUAACGAUGCACUCGUGCAAAGAUUAGCUGCACUCCAGCGCACCGAAGAUUUAUAUAGAUGCCUCGUAGCUCAUACAAAAGCAACGUUACGGGCCUUCUUUGAUCUCAUUCAAGUUUAUAAAGUGUUUGGUGAAGCGUUUGCAACGAUUGGUGUAAAAGAGCCUCAACCACGUGCUAGUGAAGCCUUUAGAAGUUUUGGAGAUCAACAUAGACAAAUGGAAAAAUUCGGAGUGGCAAUGCUGAAGUCAGUAAAGCCAAUACUGAAUGACCUAGGGACAUACCUUCACAAAGCAAUUCCCGACACACGGCUAACUAUCAGUAAAUAUGCCGACGCCAAAUUCGAAUACCUUUCAUAUUGUUUGAAAGUUAAAGAAUUAGAUGAUGAAGAACAAAAUUACACGGCUCUUCAAGAACCUCUUUAUCGCGUUGAGACUGGAAAUUAUGAAUAUCGGUUAAUCUUACGCUGUCGUCAAGAAGCGCGAGUUAGGUUCGCCAAACUUAGAUCGGACGUUCUAAUAAAAUUAGAACUGCUCGACAGCAAACACGUUCAGGAUAUCGUUUGGCAAUUACAGAAGCUUGCAUCUGGAUUAGCAAAGUACUAUGCUACGACCAAAGAAAUUUUAUCUUCGGUUACCUUGUUCCCUGUUGAAGUUGACUUGUCGCAGUCUGCUUUUCAGUAUAAAACCGCUGUUCCUCAAAUGAUGAACGAUGACGAUGAUAGCGUUGAUGAUGAUGCGGAGAAAACAGACGAUACCGAAAAUAUAUUGUUGGUAGACAUGGAAUCUGUUUCUCCAAGUACCUUUCCUACCAACGAAAUGUAGCAUUUUAUUGAGAAUAAUUUUUUUAGAGUUAUAUUUUAUAUCUAAUGGCGUGUAACUGCACUCCAGCAUUAUAUAUUGAAAAACUUUAAUAGCUUGAGAAAUGUGCAAUCUACAAAGUCAUUUCUAUGAUUCCAUUAAAUAUUGUGAUCUAUCUUAAAUGUAUGGAUAUUGCUUGACACCUAGUCGAAUAGCUGUAAGAUUUCAUCGUUUCUGUAUCGUACAACAAAUUAUGUGGAUGUUAUGUUUGAAUUCUUUAUUUCAUAGGCUGAGGAUGUGAACUAUUAACCCUCGAGCUUUAUAUAAUUUAAGAGGUCUGUAUCAUCCGUCACAUUUUCUCACGAUAUAAUUAGAAAUAUUAUAAAAACCAAAGUCAUGUGAAUGAGAUAUACGAGACAAUAAAUACAAUAAGUGUAUGUUUCAUGAACAUAAAAUGAUUGCUACAAUCUGCACCUUAAAUAGUACCAUCCUAUUGUGAAAUAUUUAACCUCUAAAAAUUGUUUCCUAAAUUUGGAAUGAUAGACCACACUGAGUGAUAUAACGAAUGCACGAUUUUAAUUUGCGACAGCGAUAUGACGUACAGUAACACAAUAAAAUGUUAUAUCAAUAGAAUUCGUUUCCGAAAUUAUACAUUUAACGAGUACAUGCGCACGUUAAAGGUCCCUUGUUAUGUAUGGUAUUGUAUUGUAAAUGAAAUUCGCAAAUACAAUGAAAAUGCUUUUAUAUAAA